AUGGCACUUGGUUGUUCGACAAUCAUGAGAGAGACAAUAGAGGAGAUGAGUACUGAAACAUCACCCAUGUUGGUUGAUGAUGUUAACAUUAUCAAUAAUAAUAUUGAUCCUCCAAGUGUAGGUUCAUCUUCAACUAUUGAAAGUUUAGGAAUCAACAACAAUACAACAUCACCUACUACUGCUGCUGCUACCACUACGACUACUACAACACUAACUCAAGAAGAAGAAGCAAACAAUACAAGAUUUACAAUGGAAUUAGAGUUUAUUCAAUGUUUGUCAAAUCCUAGAUACUUGAAUUAUCUUGCACAAAAUCGAUUCUUUCAAGAUAAAGCAUUUAUCAAUUACUUGGCAUAUCUACAAUAUUGGAAACAACCAGAGUAUAGCAAGUUUGUAGUGUAUCCUCAAUGUUUGUAUUUCCUCGAUCUCUUGCAACACGAAAGAUUUAGACAAGAAUUGACGCACGUUCAAUCGACUGAAUUCAUUCACGAACAACAAUUCUAUCAUUGGCAAUACUAUCGAAACAAUAGAAUGGCUCAAAAAGAAGACCAACAACAACAACAACUGCAACAACAAACUACUACUACUACUACUAUACAAAAUGAUCAACAACCACCUCAACCACCAACAGUCAAUGUACCUUCUCUUUAA